AAAAUGACGUCGUCGGAGAGCCACACGUAAACAUUACACGCUACACACAACACGGAACCUCCCAGCUCUACAUAUAUUCCACAAUGAACUCAUUCGUCAAGACCUUCAUGGUGGCAUCCGUGUGCGUGGCCCUGGCCGGUGUAAUCAUUCAGGAGGUCAUAGAGAGGCACAAAGCUGAAAUAUCACAGAUACUCGACGAAAAUCCGAGUCUGAAAGUCGCUUCCGAAACAGCGCAAGAAAUCUUUCCGGUGUUCAGGUUUCUCCGUCCCAUAUUCACAUACUUUCCUUCCCUCCGUAAAGUGUUAUCAUUCUUACAACCUACACCUGAGUCAACGCCCACCACAGGCAGUACAUCCCACACAACCCCUCCCACCAGCAUCAAGAAGAUGAAGGAAAAGCUUUUCACGCCUGAGCAACUCAAGGCGUAUGACGGGAAGGACGGCAACAAGGGACCCUACCUUGCCAUUCUAGGCCGCGUGUAUAAUGUGAGGAAGGGCAAGAAACACUAUGGGCCAGGAGGAGGCUACGAAUUCUUCUCAGGCCGAGAUGCAAGUCGGGCAUACGUCAGUGGGGACUUCACAGAGGCCGGCCUGAUUGAUGAUGUGUCAGGACUGUCCAGCACUGAUUACAUUGGUCUUGAUGAGUGGGUCAAGUUCUACAAUACAGACUACAAAUAUGUAGGAAAGCUGAUUGGUCGGUAUUAUGAUGAAAAUGGAGAACCAACACCUUACUAUUAUGAUACACAGAGGUGGAUAGCUCAAGCAUUUGCUGAGAAGGAAAAUGAUAACCAGGAAAAAAAAAUGUUCCCUCCAUGUAAUUCAGAGUGGAAUCCUGAAACUGGAUCAAGACUGUGGUGCACCAAAAGAAGUGGUGGUAUUGAGCGGGACUGGGUUGGGGUGCCCAGGAAGCUCUUCAUGCCAGGCCAGAGCAAAUCAAGGUGUGCCUGUGUGAAGAAUUUUGGUCCUCCUUCUCAUGACCCAAAGAGGAUCAACCAUGACAGAGGGGAUCUAGACCAUCCAAACCUGCAGGAAUAUCCAAAAUGUGUGCCUGACCAGCCUGAGUGUUAUGUGAAGCUUGAUUAGCCUUGCUGCAGAAUGGAGUCUACCAGAAUCUUAUAUACAUUACAAAAUCACGAACUACAAUAGAAAAGAAGCAAAAGAAGUCUGGAAGAUAAAGAUGAAGAGAUGGAGGAAAUUUGAAAUUUUUGAGCAGUCUCAUAACAAAUUGUGCUUUAAAGAAGAUAUUAGCCUCUUAGUACCUUAUCUAGCAGUUUUAAGUUGACUCAUGACAAAACUGCUCAAGUAACUGGAGAUUCAUUUUGUACUGGAUGCAGACCAUACUAGUUGGUUGUAUACUUCGUGAUGUCAUCUGUUUCUGAGGACUGUAGUCACAAACAUUCCAGUGCCUGUAUGUUUGGUUCUUGCACUAGGCUCUUGGAAAAUUAUUUGAGUUUUCAAGAAUGUUUUCAUAAUUCUGGUGGUAGCUCAAUAAGAAUUCAGCAUCAUUAAGAGGAGGAAGUAUCAUAAUGAUCUCAGUAAUCACCUCUAUGGACUUUAUGGACUGGCACAUGAGGUGCACCUCAUGGCUAGUUUCUAAAUUAACUUGUAUUUCCAUGUCCUGCAGCUUUACUCCAGCAGUCAAUAGCAAACAUCCAUAUACAGCCCAUAUUCUAAAACACUUCCAUGCUGCACCUCCACUACUUUCAAAAGGCUUUAGUCAAAGUUACACAGGUUUUCAAGAAUGUUUCUAUGAUUCUAGUGACAGGUUAACAAGAUUUCUACAUUAUUUAUUAACAGAAAAAAACACUCAUGAGAACCUGAUAAAUUAUCUCCGGCCUUUGAAAACAGUUGUGGUUAGAGAGCAAAACAUUUCAGAAUACAGGCUUGGAUUGCCUAGACUGUACCUGAAUGUCUUGUAGGAAAAAAAAAUGAACUGCUUACUGAAUGGGAAUGGUAGAAUAAAAAAAAAUGCUCAUAUUGUUCUGAAAUGUUUUUGCGUUUUCAAAAGCUUCUGGUGGAUGUCAGUUAUAUUUUCAAGAGUGUUUUCAUGAUUAUAAUGAUUGUGUAAAAGAGUCUGCACCACCAAUAAAAAAUCAUGGUGAAGGCUCAAGAUACUUUUGAAAAUACAAACAUGAAUGAAUACCACCAAUAAGAACUUGUGAAUAAAUGAUGCAGAAUAAUAAGGAAACACAGUUAUCCACAGGAAAUUGUUUGACAGCUGUUUCCUCAUUCAGUCAUCGGCAUGUCUUAGAACCCCUUAUUGAAGAAAACUAAAUAUAGCUAUUAUUCAUCCCACAAACCAUGGCCUUAAUAGGUACCUGGCUAUAAAUAACUUAAAGCAAUAGGAAUAACACUUGGGCAGUUGGCAUGGGUAUUUUGUACAAAAAGUAUCCAGCCUACCUUAGUGGCUGUUUGCUAUAAAAGAAUUGUGUGAUAGUGCACAUCCAAGAUACAAUGUGAUGGCAUGCCAAUAAUAUCUUGAGCUUUCUGUGUUGGUUUAAGUGUGUCUUGUGUGCUGCCAGUUAUUACAAAUGUUCCCAGGAGUUAAUAUUGCACAGGCACAAAUGUGGAAAUGAGCAGUUAUAAAUCUCCUUAUACAUGCAUGAAAUAUAAUGGUGCCUUUGUAGUGAUUCCUCCCCCCUCCCCCCCCCCUCUCUCUCUCUCUCUCUCUCUCUCUCUCUCUCUCUCUCUCUCUCUCUCUCUCUCUCUCUCUCUCUCUCUCUCUCUCAAUUGUACAGUAUAUUUAAACAAAUUGACACUUGGACUAUUCUUUAUUUUUGUAGAAGUGUAGUAUUUAUUAAUAAAUGUUGUUUCAUAUCAUAUUUUACAUCAUACUGGAGUACAUACAACCAUAUAAUGUUCUUGUCCUUUUGUAAUGUAGUGAUUGUGUCUUUAUCAAAUUGAUCAUAACAAAAUUAUGUUUGUAUCAUCUUAAUUAUCAUAGUAGCUAUACAAUGAUAUUUUGAUAAUCAGCGUCUGUUUUUUCACUGUACAUGUUUUGAUAAGCUUGAGUGGAAGAUCAACUGUGCACCAAAGACAAAUAAAUGAAUCAGUCAUUGAGCAACAGACUUUGUUAUUUGGACUAUUUCUUGUCAGCCUCACCUCAGGCUUGCUAGAUAACAGAUAAAAAAAGCUGGACUAUCCAUAGAUAUGCCUGUAGUUUUACACAUUUGCCAUUGCAUAACUUAAGACUGAUGAUUCUAUACUAAAAUAAAAUUCAUUUUUUAA